UGGUGGAGCCAAGCCAUAGUGCUACAUUUCUUCCCCUUCUUCCAUCUCUGAGAACCCUUUUUCUCUUCUAAGAGACAAAAAAAAAAAGGGGUUCUCAGUGGCGUAGAGGAGCAACGUCGAGCAGGGAUGGGGAGGGUGGAGUCCUCUGAGCCGGCACUCCUUCGGAGAAACAUGGCCGAGUCUCCCUCUUCUUCCAACUCUACAUCCCCACCACCUCAGGCAUCACCACCCCCAGCGUCUCCACCACCAUCGCCACCACCCUCGACGCAACCUCCACCGGUCACCCGGACUGCUCCACCGCCACGGACUUCCCCGCCUCCGUCGUCGCCCCCACCUCCGCCGCCAUCACCACCAUCCCCGUCGGAAAAGUCUCCCUCUCCGCCGGCUCCGCCAACCCAGCCUCCUGCGACACCGUCAUCACCGCCUGAGUCUGAGUCCUCGACGCCCCCUUCUUAUUCUGGUGCAGUCCCGCCCCCUCCAAAGAGUUCCGGGAACGCAUCACCUUCGUCGUCGAUCAAGGGCGACUCGAAGCCAUCGAAGAAUGGCAAGAACAGCGGCGGCAGCGGCGGCGGAGGAAGCGGCAAAUCUGACCCAACUGAUCUGCCUCUUAUCGUAGGGGCCGCAGUGGGCAUCACGCUGUUCGUUAUUGCUUUGCUGGCUGUCGCUUUAUACUGCUGCCUUAAGAAGAAGAAGCCUCGCAAUAGCAUGCGGUAUUAUGAUUCUCCAGCGCCCAAAGGUGGUGCAUACUAUAACAAUGGAUCGCUUCCAAAAUGGCAACCCCAAGGGAUGGACCGCAUGGGCAAGAUCCCACCACCUCCGGGUGCAAUUGCCCCAGGCGGCGGCGGGUGGCAGCAAUCACCACCUCCGGUGAUGAUGAGUAGUGGUGACAUGAGCUCGGGCUACUCCGGCCCUCAUGGUCCUCCAUUGCCGCCCCCUUCACCCAACAUCGCCUUAGGGUUCAACAAGAGCACCUUCACCUACGAGGAGCUGGCAUCCGUAACGAACGGGUUCUCCCAGGCCAAUCUCAUCGGACAAGGCGGGUUUGGGUACGUAUACAAGGGCGUGCUCCCUAAUGGAAAGGAGGUUGCAGUGAAACAGCUCAAGUCGGGAAGUGGGCAAGGGGAGAGGGAGUUCCAAGCUGAGGUCGAUAUCAUCAGUAGGGUCCAUCAUCGCCACCUUGUGUCCCUUGUCGGAUAUUGCAUUGCUGGGUCGCAACGGCUGCUUGUCUAUGACUUUGUUCCCAACAAAACCCUUGAAUACCAUCUUCAUGGGAAAGGCCUUCCAGCAAUGGAUUUUCCAUCAAGACUGAAGAUUGCUUUAGGAUCAGCAAGGGGUCUAGCUUACUUGCACGAAGACUGCCACCCUCGUAUUUUCCAUCGUGACAUCAAAGCCGCUAAUAUCCUCUUGGAUAGUAAAUUUGAAGCCAUGGUUGCGGACUUUGGACUGGCCAAGUUAAAUUCCGACAAUAACACACAUGUUUCGACACGUGUCAUGGGAACUUUCGGGUAUUUGGCUCCCGAGUAUGCAUCAAGUGGAAAGCUGACAGAGAAAUCUGAUGUGUUCUCAUUUGGCGUGAUGCUUUUGGAGCUGAUAACCGGACGGCGUCCUUUUGACAACACUAGCACAUUUAUGGACGAUAGCUUGGUUGAUUGGGCAAGGCCCCUCUUAAGCCGUGCAUUGUCUGAUGAAAACUAUGAUGAGCUGGUAGAUCCGCGCUUGGAGAACAAUUACAAUGCAAUCGAGAUGCAACGUAUGAUAGCAUGUGCUGCUGCUUGUGUUCGCCAUUCUGCGAAAAGGCGCCCCAAGAUGAGCCAGAUUGUGAGGGCAUUGGAGGGUGACACAUCGUUGGAAGACUUGAACGAGGGGGUGAAGCCUGGGCAGAGCACUUAUUUCAACUCAAGCUCAGACUACGAGUCAGGUUCAUACAGCGCGAAUAUGAGGCAAUUCAGAAGGGUUGCGCUUGGAAGCGAGGAAUUCAGCAAUGAGUACAGUGGACAGACCAGCGAGUAUGGGCUCAAUGCAUCCGAUACGAGCAGCUCUGGGGACUCGAAUGCUCUUGGAAAUCAGAGGCAUAAAGCUCGUUAAAUGUUCCUAAAAAAUAGAAGAAGAAAAAAAAAGAACAAAAAAGAUGAUCAUAAUAGAAGAUAUGUACUCAUUCAUGAAAGCAAGAAGCUUAAUGAGUCUAAUGCAUUGUAGCCUUCUUUUGUUGGUGGGAGAGAUGAUUUGGUUGAUGUCCUAUGAGUGUUUGUUCUUAUUAAUAUCGUAAUUAUUGGACUUGGCUUCUACUAUUUACUAACAGCAUGGGCAACUAUUGUUCGAAUUAAGAAAAAGCUGGGGA